AAUCGACCACGGCACUACACGCAGAGUGACUGCGACCUGCAAGCACGACUAUAGCUGGUGUUACGUAAUUCAUUCAAGUAACAAUAGAUUCAUCAGUGCAACCAAACAUGACCGGUGCAACUGUAGUAGCUACGGUGAUGUUGGCCGCAGUUAUCGUCGUUGCCGGAAUCGCGGGAGCGGAAGCAGAAGCUGCCGCGGCGCCGCAACUGCAGCAGUCGCUACACGCGCAGGUGACUCAGUACGGGCCGGAAGCCAGGGCCGGAUACGCGGCCGGUUACGGUUACGGUGGCGUCCAGGUGCCGGCGGCUGUCCAAGCCGCGGCCGCAGUCGGCAAGUCGGUGCACCUUCACCAGCAGUACCAGCAACAGUACCAACAGCAACAGUACUACGCAGACGGGCCACACGCCGCGGUGGUCGGUUACGUGCCAACGGCCGUUUACAAACCGGACCUGUCGGCGUACGCUUACGGCGUGUCACCGCACGUGGAACAGCUGCGCCGGUUCGACCCGGUUGUCCGGCCGGUGCACACGGUGGUGCCGAAGGUGACGGCCGUCGAGCCGUCGGUGACCGUGCACAAGACGUACGUGGACGUGCCCGUCCUGCACCACCAUGUGGCAGACCACCGCUUGGCGUACGCCGGUGCAGGGCCGGCCGCGGUGGUGCAGGCUGACUACGUGUCGCCGUACUACAACUAUCAAGUGGUCGACCGAUGAGCAGACCGAUGAGCGGACCGAUGAGCGGACCGAAAACGAAAUUCAACAUAAUAUUUUAUCGUCAGCGUUUAUCAUCAUAUUAUAGCGUUAUAUUUUUGUACAUUUUAUUAUGAUAUAUUAUUGUUUUGUGGUAUCAAAACGCAUUGCGCCAAAUGUGUGGUGUGAGUAUAAUUUAAUAUAUAUUACAACGAUGUUUGGUUUACACAUUA